GUAAAUAAUAGUCUGGAAAAUUUUCAUGUUUAUUUUAAGGCUUAUACUUAUAAUUCAUUUUGGGUUUGUGGUUACUAGUGAGACUCAGUAAAUCCUACGGUCGGGAGCUUUAUAACCCUUGCCUUGACAAGCAAAUCCUUAAUAUUUUUAUGCCGCAUAGUUGCAACAAUUGUAGAGUCAGCCAGAUUUUAUUGAGCUCUUGGUCACCCUUUAUUAGGUGUUUAUUAAUAAUUUUUUUGGUUGUAGUGUUGUCCUUGGAGUAGUGUGCGAGGAAAACCAGAUAUCUUUGAGUAUUAUUUGUUUUAGGUGUAUCAGAUAGAGUACAUCCUUUGGUGAGAAGUCUUUUAUUUAUUUUUUAUGUUUUCUUGUAUUAGUUUUCUGAGGUAUCCUCAAUUUUUAUAAACCCAUUUCAAAUUUUUUAAUGCUGUUUUGAGCAUAUAUCAUUCUUGGUAAUAAGCAUUCUGUAUGUUAGGGAUUGGGAGUAUAUAAUGGAGAAUUUGGUAAAUGUUGAAUGAUAGGAGUCGUAGCGGAGGAGGCUAAGCUUAUCAGUGGUUUUGGUGUGUAAACUGGAAUAAAGAUUUCGAUCUUUCCUACAUGUAUUGGUGUCUAAAAAGUUAAUUUUAUCCCUAGAAUAGGUAGAAUAGGUAAAAGUUAAUUUGAUGUGGGGGGUGAAGUGAAUUAAUUUUUUCAAAAAGGUUUGUAGACAAUCAAAAAAUUUGUGCUAAGAAGGAUCAACUUUACCUAGCGGCCGCAUCUUUUUGCCUACCAUGCAAUUGUUAAAGACAAAAAGGCUUACCACGAAAAAUGUAGACAUUUAAAAAGGUCUAUAAACCAAAGAAAGUGUAAUAUGAUUUAUGUUUUUUUCUAACAUGACGCUAAAAACCAAAUUAUCUCGUUUAUGCAUUUGGAACGAAAAUUUUUGGUCGGAAAAACUUUAAAUAUGAAUAUCUUAAGAACGAAAAGACCUUUUUAAGAAAUUUAAAAAGACUUGGUAACCAACUUUUUAAGCUCUGUAAUAUAAGUCCAACAUCAUUUUACACCUUUGGUUCCCUAAGUCUGAGAGAGUAAAAUAAUAGAAACACCUAAGCCACGUUUCCUGGUUGUUAAAAAAUGUGUAAGUGUGGUAACUUCUUUAUGUUAAGCCUCCAGAUACUAACUAAUGAGUGAGUUAAAAAUGCCUCGUUAUCACAGUGAAAUAUCACUCAGUACCAAUGACAUUUAGAAGUAAUUUUUAAUACUGUAUCAGUGCAUUUUUCACUGCUAUACCUUUUUGCUAUGGGUGAAAUGUUUUCUAUUUCAGUUUUAAGGUCAAGUUUUGAAAUCAAAAUUAAGAAGCAAAAUGUUUAUUUGACUUUAUAAUUUACUUUGAGGAAAAAGGAAGCUGAACUAUGAUUUUUGAGAAGGUAGGGGAGCAAAGCAAAAUACAAUGGAUUAUACAAUCUGAAAGUGAAAUAUGAGAAUGGCAGAAUGUGGUGGCUUGUUGAGUUUUGGAAUUGCAUCCCAACGUAGUUAUGGUGCUACCUGUAAUCAAACAUUUAUGUUGGCUGACAUUGACUCUAAACUGAUUACACACAAAGUGAUGCCAUCUGAUACACUUCAAGGUUUAGCAAUAAAGUAUAGUAUUUCAGUGGAGAAAUUAAAACGUGUUAAUAAACUUUGGUCCAAUGAUUCUAUACAUAUCAAAGAAACUCUUCUUAUUCCUUGUUCUGUGGUGGAUGACAACCGAUGUGAUUCUCCUGAAAUUUAUGCAGACGUUGUGGAAGUCAAACCAGCAGAAAGUAGCAAAGUUUUCAAAUCUGAAAGUAAACAACAAAAGAAAGACAUUACAAAUAAAAGUGAUGGAUAUAAAUCAUUAAAUGAUAUGUUGUCAAAAAUUGAUGGCCAGAUAAAAACUCACAAAAAAGUUGAAGAUCUUGGAAGUGACUCUUACAAAAUCUUUACUGAAAUGUUAUCAAAGAUAGAUGGACAAAUAGAAACUCACAAAUCAAAAGCACCAGCAACAAAGUCAGAUAACAUCCCCAACGUUGGUUAUGAUAGUCGACAAAACUUAAGUGGUCAUUUGUCACCAGUUAAGCAGCAUCCAUUUUUAGAAGAAGGAACGUGAUUUUCAGACAGUAUUUUAAAUGUUUUAUAUACCUAAAUUCAUAUUGAGGGUAAAGUGUUGAAAUUAUAAACGUUGCUGGAUAUGUAUAAAAGAAAAUUUGUUAUAUUUUGUGUGUAAUACUUUUGGUAUUUUUAAUAAUGUGUUAUUUUUUUCUUUGCAAAUUAUAAAAAGUGGAAUUGUUUGUUUAGUUUUUUCAUUGCUAAUGGCAACCAUAACAAUACAGGUAAUCAAGUUUAUAUUUAGUCUUUCUUCUUAUGCUUACUCUCUUGAUAUCGAUACUUCGAAAUAUAAUGUUUAAUUCAUGUUAUUUAUAUUUAUAUUGUUAAAUGAAUUAUUAUUGUGUUGUUGUUCGGAGGGUAUUGUUUUCAAAAAUUUAUUGAACUUUUUAUUGUUAUAUUUUUAGUAUAUUAACCUAUAUUCUAGUGUUUGUAAAACUGCUUACUAAUGUAUAGAUCAUUUAA